AUGUUUGAUGAAAUAUCACUAUCUUCAGAAUUGUCAUAUGAUCGUAAAAAGGAUCACAUUGUUGGUUUUGUAGAGUUAGCAAAUGGCAGAAAAUGUUUAUUUCCGGAUCAUGCACUUGUUUUCAUGAUUAAAGGAGUGAAGAAUCGUUGGAAGCAACCAGUUGCUUUUUACUUUUCUGAAGGUGGGGUUAAUAGUUCUGAUUUAAAAUCUCUUAUUGUGGAUGUAGAUGAACAAUUGCACGCAAUUAAAAUUGAACCACCAGAAUAUUCAGUAGAAGAAAUUGAAUACGAAAUUGAGGAUGAUUUUGAUGAUGCUGAUGCUAUUGUUAAAUCAAAAUCAUGUACUGAGGAUGAUAAAACGUGUUUAGAAAGAUUCAUGAAUUCCGAAGUGAUUAUAGAAGAAGUCAAACAGGAGUCAAUCGAGACAUUGGCCUUUGAAUGUGACAUUUGUUAUCGAUCAUUUGCACAAUCACAUCAUUUGAAAGAGCAUAUGGUCGAUCACAUGUCUACUAAUAGCAAAGAGAGCCAUUUCAAAUGCGAAAUCUGUAAUAAGACUUUCAAACUAGCCAAAGGGUUGAAAAUACACAUGAAUAUACAUUCUGCAGAACGUUCCUUUGAUUGCAAAUUUUGCAAUAAGUCAUUCAAUGAAUUGGUUGCUUUGAAAAAACACUAUCAGGUUCACAGUGGUGAAUUCGCGCAUGAAUGCAAUAUAUGCAAUAAGACAUUCACAGAAUUAGGUCAUUUGAAUCAGCACAUGCUGAUUCACAGUGGAGUACGUCCCCAUCAAUGCAGUAUAUGCAAUAAAAAGUUUACAGAAUUAGGUAAUCUGAAACGUCACAUGCUGAUUCACAAUGGAGUACGUCCCCAUGAAUGCAGUAUAUGCAAUAAGACAUUUCGACAAUUAGGUACUAUGAAACGUCAUAUGCUCAUUCACAAUGGAGUGCGUCAUCAUGAAUGCAGUAUAUGCAAUAAGAAAUUUAAAGAAUUACGUUCUCUGAAACCUCACAUGCUCAUACACAGUGGAAUACGUCCCCAUGAAUGCAAUGUAUGCAAUAGGACAUUCACACAAUCAGGUACUCUGAAACGUCACAUGCUGUGUUGUAAGAGAGCAUAA